UCAGGCCGUGAGGCAGCGGGGCAGCGGGGUAGCGGGGAGCCGUGCUCUCCCUGCGCUCGGUCGGAUCCUUCCUAAAGGGCCUGUCAGGCGAUUCGCUCGCUGUCUUUUCUGCUUGUGCGGGUAAAGGAAAAUUCCAUGAGAGAAUGAAUAAAGUCUUUCACGAGUGAGUGCCGUGAGCAUUGCUAAGUUGCUUAGCAAAUGACUGCGUUUUUACAGGUUUUGAAGUUUUCACAAAUCUCAACAAAUUCUGAAGGGAAAUUCAUGCAGCGCAUCGCCCUAAGAUGGAGAGGCUGAAAAUUUCUUUGAGCUGCUUUGCUAACUUUGUUAGUGUCAUGGUAAGAAAGGCAGAAGACAGCGACAGAAGGAUGUGAAAGGGUAGUCGGACACCUUGCACACUUAGUUUUCUGGAUCUUCGCCGCCCAGUAGAGACGCGGGGUUGAGCCGUACUGUAAGCGCAAAAUGCACAUUGAACCUACCAGACUUGGCACCAAAGGAAAAAAAAUUCUCAAUGACUUUUUUUUAUAUCGGUUACAUGUGGAAAAGGGAUAUAUUUUUUUAUAUGUUGAGUUGAAUGGAAUAUAUUGUUUAAUUUUCAUCUCUUUUUCAGUGUGGCUGCUGGAAACUUAAAUCAUGGCUAACACUGUAUUUCUGUCAGACAGUGCUGUUAUAUUCUGGUGAAGAAUACAGAGUCAACACGGCUUUCCUUUGCUCAGAAACCAUUGAUGGGAAGUGAACACUUGUUAAACUCGAAGAUUCAGUGAAUGGACCUAACUGGACUCUUUGAGCAUAUCAAUAAACAUGAGCGGUACAAAACCUGAUGUAUUGUGGGCACCACACCAAGUUGAUAGAUUUGUUGUAUGUGACUCUGAACUGAGCCUUUAUCAUGUGGAAUCUACUGUGAAUUCAGAACUCAAAGCUGGAUCUUUACGUUUAUCUGAAGACUCUGCAGCUACAUUAUUAUCAAUAAAUUCAGAUACACCGUAUAUGAAAUGUGUUGCCUGGUAUCUCAAUUAUGAUCCCGAAUGUCUCCUAGCAGUUGGACAAGCAAAUGGUCGAGUUGUACUUACAAGUCUUGGUCAAGAUCAUAACUCAAAAUUCAAAGAUUUGAUAGGAAAAGAAUUUGUUCCAAAACAUGCACGGCAAUGUAAUACCCUUGCAUGGAAUCCAUUGGAUAGUAACUGGCUUGCUGCUGGGCUAGAUAAACACAGAGCUGAUUUUUCAGUGCUGAUUUGGGAUAUUUGCAGCAAAUAUACUCCUGAUAUAGUACCUAUGGAGAAAGUGAGACUUUCAGCAGGUGAAACUGAAACAACAUUAUUAGUAACAAAACCUCUUUAUGAAUUAGGACAGAAUGAUGCUUGUCUUUCUCUUUGUUGGCUUCCACGAGACCAGAAACUUCUCCUUGCUGGUAUGCAUCGUAACCUAGCCAUAUUUGAUCUUCGGAAUACAAGCCAAAAGAUGUUUGUAAAUACAAAAGCUGUUCAGGGGGUGACAGUAGACCCCUACUUCCAUGAUCGUGUUGCUUCCUUCUAUGAAGGUCAGGUUGCAAUAUGGGAUCUAAGGAAAUUUGAGAAGCCAGUUUUGACUUUAACUGAGCAACCAAAGCCCUUAACAAAAGUAGCAUGGUGUCCAACUAGGACUGGUCUGCUUGCCACUUUGACAAGGGAUAGUAACAUUAUUAGAUUAUAUGAUAUGCAACACACACCCACUCCCAUUGGAGAUGAAACUGAACCCACAAUAAUUGAAAGAAGUGUGCAACCUUGUGACAAUUACAUUGCUUCUUUUGCUUGGCAUCCAACAAGUCAAAAUCGAAUGAUAGUUUUAACUCCCAACCGAACAAUGUCUGACUUCACUGUUUUUGAAAGGAUCUCUCUUGCCUGGAGCCCAAUUACAUCUUUAAUGUGGGCUUGUGGUCGUCAUUUGUAUGAAUGUGCAGAAGAAGAAAAUGAUAAUUCUUUAGAAAAAGAUAUAGCAACGAAGAUGCGCCUUCGGGCUUUAUCCAGGUACGGACUUGAUACAGAACAAGUGUGGAGAAACCAUAUUUUAGCUGGGAAUGAAGACCCACAGCUCAAGUCACUCUGGUAUACCCUGCACUUUAUGAAGCAGUAUACAGAAGAUAUGGAUCAGAAGUCUCCAGGAAACAAAGGAUCAUUGGUUUAUGCAGGAAUUAAAUCAAUUGUAAAAUCAUCUUUAGGAAUGGUGGAAAGCAGCAGACAUAAUUGGAGCGGUUUGGAUAAGCAAAAUGAUAUUCAGAAUUUAAAUGAAGAGAGAAUCUUAGCUUUACAGCUUUGUGGGUGGAUAAAGAAAGGAACAGAUGUAGAUGUAGGGCCGUUUUUGAAUUCCCUUGUACAAGAAGGGGAGUGGGAGAGAGCUGCUGCUGUGGCAUUGUUCAACUUGGAUAUUCGACGAGCAAUCCAAAUCCUGAAUGAAGGGGCAUCUUCAGAGAAAGGUGAUCUGAAUCUCAAUGUGGUAGCAAUGGCUUUAUCGGGUUAUACGGAUGAGAAAAACUCUCUUUGGAGAGAAAUGUGCAGCACUCUACGACUACAAUUAAAUAACCCGUAUCUGUGUGUCAUGUUUGCAUUUCUGACAAGUGAGACAGGAUCUUAUGAUGGAGUAUUGUAUGAAAACAAAGUUGCUGUACGUGACAGAGUGGCAUUUGCUUGUAAGUUCCUCAGUGAUAGUCAGUUAAAUAGAUAUAUUGAAAAGUUGACCAACGAAAUGAAAGAGGCUGGAAAUUUGGAAGGAAUACUGCUUACAGGCCUUACUAAAGAUGGAGUGGACUUAAUGGAGAGUUAUGUCGAUAGAACUGGAGAUGUCCAAACAGCAAGUUACUGCAUGUUGCAGGGCUCUCCUUUAGAUGUUCUUAAAGAUGAAAGAGUUCAGUACUGGAUUGAGAAUUACAGAAAUUUAUUAGAUGCCUGGAGGUUUUGGCACAAACGAGCUGAGUUUGAUAUUCACAGGAGUAAAUUGGAUCCUAGUUCUAAGCCUCUAGCACAGGUGUUUGUGAGUUGCAAUUUUUGUGGCAAGUCGAUCUCCUACAGCUGUUCAACCGUGCCUCAUCAAGGCAGAGGUUUUAGUCAGUAUGGUGUCAGUGGUUCACCAACAAAAUCUAAAGUCACAAGUUGUCCUGGCUGUCGAAAACCCCUUCCUCGAUGUGCACUUUGCCUCAUUAAUAUGGGAACACCUGUUUCUAGCUGUCCUGGAGGAUCCAAAUCAGAUGAAAAAGUAGACUUGAGCAAGGAUAAAAAAUUAGCUCAAUUUAACAACUGGUUCACAUGGUGUCACAAUUGCAGGCAUGGUGGACAUGCUGGUCAUAUGCUUAGUUGGUUCAGGGACCAUGCAGAGUGUCCCGUUUCUGCAUGCACAUGUAAAUGUAUGCAGUUGGAUACGACAGGAAAUCUGGUACCUGCAGAGACUGUCCAGCCAUAAAAUGUUAUCAUCUAAAGAGAAACCUUCAAGUGUGGAGCUUUCUAAUAGAUGUCCUUCAUAGCUCAAAAACGUACCUCAGAACAAGUCACUCAUGACUUUCCUGUAAUGGGAAAAUAAAUCAUUCUAUCAAAUCAGCAAUUUGAUGUUUGAGUGAUUUUGAUGUCCUUCAUAGAGACAAAUGCUGCUGAAGUGAACAUCGGUGUGUGGGCAUGAAUUCUGUUCAGAAGGUUGAAAAAGUUCAUUUUGGAAGAGUUUUUUAGGGUUUGUUGAAAUUAUGAACACUAUGCAAGCAGUUUCUGGGCUAACCCAGAGCAGACCUUGAACCUGUAUCUUCUAAGCUGAAAUUGGCUAUCAUUUCAGUAAAAUCUGUAUAUUUUUUAAAAUAGAAUAAAAUGACCAAUUUUUUACCUUUAGAAUUGGAGAACCCCUACCCCACAGUGGAGAAUAAGUUUCAUCAAGGAAUGGUUGGUAUAUAUUUCUUAAGGAGUCUUUUCCUUCAUACACUUUCAUUUCAAGAUAAUAAAUCUUUUGGUACAGGUCAUUAUUGUCUUCCUAAGAAAAGCCAAAAUUGGGAAUGUAUCUUACAACUUUUUCUCUUCUGAAGAGAAAAAUAUAUACCAUUUCAGGGGAACGUUUUAUAAAAUUACCAGUUUUUCAGC